GUCUAGGCUGCAUGAAAUGCAUGCAUGGGUGCGAGCGCGCGCACAAGCUCACGGGCGCACGCGCUCGCACACUUAACUUUGCCGGGUGCACAACCAACAGCAUGCAUCCAUGAAUCCACAGCUGUGUGCGUGCGUGCGUGUGAAUGUGCGCGCGCGUGAGUGUGUGUGUUAAGUAUAAUAUCUGAUGGCCGGUGUUGAGUGUUUGUGGACGGAUGGAGCAUCAACAGCAUCAGGAUCCCUGCACGCGCGCACAGCCACCGUACUCCCUAUACACGCGCGCGCGGCAGUGUGUUUAAUCGUCUGCUAGUCUGAGAGAAGUGAGAGCGCGAGAGCGCGAGGAGAGAGAGAGAGAGAGAGAGAGAGAGAGAGAGAGCGACGAUGCACGCGCGCGCGCAUCAUCACCACAACCACCAUCAUCAUUACCCGUGGAAAAUUCGGUGUUAAAACGGAUCAAAUUUUCUUUUAAUAAAAAAAGAGAGAGUGAAUGUGUGUGAGAGAGAGAUAUACUGGAAUAAUCGAGAAGGAUUUUGCAGCCUGGAUUAUUGCAGCGCUACGUUCCGGUUAACGGAUGUCGUGAUGCUGCUGCCGCUUCGAAGACGAUCAGCCCGAUGACACCACAGUCUGCAGAGGCACUACAGUGAACGGCGCCAUUCAAUUCGAUGAAAAUGCGUGUCUGGAUACUGACACUAAUCUUGCUGCUUGCCGCUUCUCUGAGCCUGGUUGAGAUGUAUGACAAUUAUGGGGAGAUCUGUAGGAAUCUGUGCACUUGUGAAGAAAAAGAGGGCAUCCUGACGGUCAGCUGCGAGAACCGGGGCAUCGUAAGACUGUCCGAAAUCAGCCCGGUUCAUUUCCCCACGUAUCACCUACUACUGACGGGGAACCUGCUGAAAAAAUUGUCCGUCAAUGACUUUAUCAACUAUACUGGAGUCACCAUCUUGCAUUUAGGCAACAACGACAUAUCCGAAGUGGAGACUGGGGCUUUUAAUGGACUCCAGGGAUUAAGGAGGUUGCACCUAAACAACAACAAAAUAGAUGUACUUAGGGAUGAUACGUUUACUGGAUUAGAAAGCCUGGAAUACCUUCAGAUUGAUUAUAAUUUUAUUAGCAUUAUUGAACCCAUUGCUCUCAGCAGGCUCCACCAUUUGACUGUGCUAAUUUUGAAUGACAACCUCUUGUCAUCGCUGCCUACAAACAUUUUCAAAAAUGUGCCCUUGACCCACUUGGAUCUCAGGGGCAACCGCUUGAAAAUGUUCCCUUACAUUGGCCUUUUGGAGCACAUGGAUAAAGUGGUGGAAUUACAGCUAGAGGAGAAUCCAUGGAAUUGUUCUUGCGAACUUAUCGCACUAAAAGCUUGGCUGGAAAGCAUUGCCUACACAGCACUAGUUGGAGAGGUGGUUUGUGAGACUCCAUUCCGGCUCCAUGGCCGCGAUCUUGAUGAGGUCUCCAAGCAGGAGCUGUGUCCUCGGAGGGCCAUUUCGGAAUAUGAGAUGCGCCCGCCGCCACCUCUCAGCACGAACGGAUAUUUCCAGACGACGCCGGCGGCAGUGACUUCCUCGGCCACAUCCUCAGCAGUGCUGAGGUCGUCAUCCCGGCCUACCAAGGGCACUCGGCAGUCCAACAAGACCAGGUCUAAGCCCACUUCUCGCAUCCCAGGCAAUCCCUAUAACUAUGGGCCAAUUAUAGCUUUUCAGACCAAAUCUCCCGUGCCUUUGGAUUGCCCCACGGCAUGCACAUGCAACCUUCAGAUCUCUGAUCUUGGGCUCAACGUCAACUGCCAAGAACGAAAAAUCGAGAGUAUAUCAGAUUUAAAGCCCAAGCCGUAUAAUCCCAAAAAGAUGUACCUCACUGGGAAUUACAUCCCUGCUGUACGCCGAUCGGAUUUUGUCGAGGCAGAGGGAUUGGAUUUGUUGCACUUGGGAAACAAUCGGAUAGCACUCAUACAUGACAGGGCAUUUGGGGAUUUAAUUAACCUGCGCAGGUUAUACUUGAAUGGCAAUUUGAUUGACAGGCUCACUGCAGACAUGUUCUUUGGGCUCCAGAACCUGCAGUACUUGUAUUUAGAGUAUAACAAGAUCAAGGAGGUUGUUGCAGGUACAUUCCGUUUUGUGCCAAACCUUCAGCUGCUUUUCCUAAACAACAAUCUGCUAAAAACCUUGCCAGGAGGCAUCUUUUCUAGUAUGUCACUCUCAAGACUCAAUCUACGCAACAACCACUUUCAAAACCUGCCUGUGAGUGGAGUUCUAGAUCAGCUCAAGGCUUUGGUGCAAGUGGAUCUCUUUGAAAACCCUUGGGAUUGCACGUGUGAUGUGGUAGGCAUGAAAAUAUGGCUGGAGCAACUCAACUCUGGCACUGUGGUUAAUGAUGUCAUAUGUGCAUCUCCAAAGAGACUUGCAGGGCAAGACAUGCGCAGUAUCGUUUCUGAACAACUGUGUCCUGAUUACUCGGAUACUGUUGUAUCUACGGUAGCUCCAUCAGAAGCGACCUUGGAAGGGAAGGUAAUAACCACUGAGACACCUCUGAGGUUCAACACUCCUUCAAGCACCGUCCCCUUGUCAGUCCUCAUCCUUAGCCUCCUCCUGGUCUUCAUAAUGUCCGUUUUUGUGGCUGCCGGGCUGUUCGUGGUGGUCAUGAAGCGGCGAAAAAAGUCACAAAGUGACCGCACCAGCACCAACAACUCGGAUGUAAGCUCCUUUAACCUUCAAUACAGUCUUUAUAGCAAUCGUUCAGUACCCAAAGUCAAAUCCCCGGCAGGUCAUGUCUAUGAGUAUAUCCCUCAUCCUCUUGGGCACAUGUGCAAAAACCCCAUUUAUAGAUCUAGAGAAGGGACCACUGUGGAGGAUUUUCCUGAUCUGCACGAACUCAAAGUUAGCUACAGAAACACCAAUGAGGAAGAGCGGGAUCCAACUUCGAGGAGCCCUACAUACACUGUUAGCACCAUUGAACCUCGGGAGGAGCCUUCGACUGCUCAGGAUGCAGAGCAUUUCUUCCGAGGGAUCUUAGAGCCGGAUAAAACCCCGAAUAGUGCCGGAAAUAGGUAUGAUUACAAGUACCCCAGUCCUGGAUCUUACACGUACAACCCAAAUUUUGACGUACGUCGGCAAUUCUUGCAUCCCGAGGGAAUUAGAGAAACUAUGCUCUAUAGCUCAGCUCCAAGUACUGUCUACGUGGAGCCGAACAGGAACGAAUAUUUGGAACUAAAGGCGAAACUCCAAAUGGAGCCGGAUUACCUCGAAGUUCUUGAGAAACAGACAACGUUUAGCCAAUUUUAAACCUUGUCUAUGAACAAGAGUACUGUUAGAGAUUUUCACCCCAUUUCCAUGUCGAAGGGUGCAUCGGGGUGUACGGUGUACGCCAUCUUUAAAGAAACAACAGAACAAAGGCAACAAACAAAAUCCUACAAUGGGGUGUGCCAAACUGUCUUACUUUAAUUUUUAAAGAUACAUGACAUUAAAGGAAAUAAAAAAGGAAAAAAAAAGCUCUCGGGAUGAAAGCACGAGUUGUGAUACAAAACUGGUGAUGCAAAAAUCGCAAAAUCUAUUUUUUUAAGUUGACAAAUUGAAUACACGUAAAUAAACAAACGUAGCUGUACAGAUUAAUCCAAGUACGUUUUUUUCAGGAGUAUAUUCACGCAGAUAUUGCGAACUUUAACAAUACAAAAAUUGAAAAAGAACACUGUAUUACAGUGCAUCUAACUGUGCAGGACAAUUCCUCUGCUCUAGUCUGUAAGUAAGUAAGUAUUUAUUGGUAUAAUCUCCAUGUAUUUUUAACAUUAUUUGAUUCUUCAUCAUUAUGACCUGUACCAUUAUCCCUCUGUACAAGCUUUUCGUUUGUAAUUUUUUGAUCAUUUAUUGUAGCUUGCAUUGUACAAGUGGCUUUCUUUCAGCGGUGGCACACCCCUCCCCCCACCCACCCCCCAACCCCAAACUCCUCCUUCCCAAUCUUCCCAAUCUUCCCAAUCUUCCCAGUCCUUCACCCUCAUCUCCAGUGUCAAAGAGAGACUUUUGCUUCAUUUAAAGAUUUAAAAAAAGAAGUGUCUUUGUAUGCCGUCUGCACUUUUUUGAAAAAAAAAAAAAUUAAAGAAAGAAAACAGGAGGGCCAAUGAUGGUCUUCCCAGCUACCAUUAGAGGAAUUAUUAUAUAUUAAAAAAUGAUUCAUUCAUUCUUAAUAUGUAUUUUAAUAUGUUAUCUAAAACAAAUUCAUAAAUGAUAAUUGAAGUAAUAAUUAUGUUGUGUAAUACUAUUUUAAUGUAACACCUAUUUUUAUACAAGCAUUCGCAAUUCUCUUUUUUCCCCCCCUUAUUGUUUUUUUUUUUUUUUUCGAUUGCUUUCCACUUAUUAUUGCACUAUAUUGACCAAAAUAUGUUUAUGUCAUCAAUAAAUAUGAUGUCAGGUUCUUAUAUCCGUACAUAUAUACACGUCAUUGUUGAUAACGCAUUUCCGUUACGACAGUCACAAGGAAUUGAGUGAUUUUAGGAGUAACUUUAUCAAUGCUAAUCAAUACAGACUUGUAACCAGUUAUUCAGAGGCCUUUCAAUAACUUUUUUUUUCUUUUCUGUGCUGUAAAAACAAAGAGAAAAAAGAGAAAGAAAAAACAUACUGUAGGAGAAGGUUAUUAGCAGUGAAAAUUGAAAAUGGCAGGGUUAAUAUCGCAAUAGCUGCAGGCCAUGUCAUCCACUCGUUGCUCAUCUGCUGCAUUUUAAUAAGAAGAAUACGUUCUGAAAUUUCUUGAUUGCAUGAGGCUGCAUUUUGUCUUUGGAUUGUAAUGUGAGUUUUUUUUUACCUUGUAAUUAUUGGUAUUCGGAUUGAUUUCUGGUUAAACAAUUAAGGUUAAUUGAUCAGCAGGAAGAAAGUACAGAAAAGGUUCAAUUCUGGUAUUUGGUGCCUUUUGGACCAGCAAAUGUUUGAAACUGAAAAUCAUUUUAAAUCACCCAAGUUAUGGAUAUUUGGUCCGUUUUACAUUUAAUUAUAGAGUUAAAAUUAAAAUUCAAGCUUUUUUUUUGGCAUGCACUAAAAUAGGAAAUCCUACUCAUUACAUCAAAUUAUUUUUAGAUGAAUAAAGCCAUCAACAAUGUUUUUUUAAGUUGUUUUUAUUUGUUUCACCACACAAUGCCUAGAAAUCAAAAUAUGAAGCACAUUUCAGUAUAUGUUCUCUGGAACCUUAUUCUGUUUUCAUUAAAAAAAAUAGCAUCAAUAUAUGCAGAACUAAAUGUGUGAUUCAUAAGUUUU